AUGGACUAUAACCUCGGGCUGGACACCGUCUUUGACAACUCGCAGAUGCCGGUGACGCGGUUUGUGGUGGAGUUUGGCGGCAUGAGCUACGAUUCUCUUCUCUCGUACCAGACCACUUUUCAAGAUGAAAACAUUCGACCCGAUGGGGGCAUGCUGCUGAACAGAUGUUAUGAUGGCGGAUCCACCAUCUACCCAGAUCUCAGAGAUGGAAUGGAAAAGUAUCUCAUCCUGUCGAACAUCUCGGAUCCUCUCACACACUUUGACCAAUUCUCCUGGACCAGCCAAAUCUGGCAGGGCAUGAUCAUCAAGCACAAGAUUGAGUCUUACAGGCGAUCCAUCAGCCUGCCCGAGAACAACCUCGGGUCUCUCGUCUGGCAGCUCAACGCCCCCUGGACGACCCUCGCCCUCAACUCCAUCGAGCACACCGGCCGGUGGAAGGUCCUCCAGCACGUCACCAAGCAGACGUACGCGCCCGUCGUCGCCAGCAGCUGGUUCGAGCCUUCCAACGAGACGUACAGGAUCUGGGUCGCCUCGGACGCGGUCGCGCCCGUGACGGGCCGCGUCACCGCCACAUGGCUGGCGUGGUCGGGCGAGCACCUCGCCACCAAGACGUACAACUUCUCCAUGCCCGCCCUGCAUAGCAUGCAGAUCGAGGAGCUCGUGGGCUGGAAGAACAUACUGCCGCGGGGCGCCUCCGCGGAGAAGAGCGUCCUCCUGCUCAAGCUCGUGGCGACGGAGCCCGACAGCGGCAGGAAGCACGCAAGCGAGAAUUACUGGGUGCCUGAAUACUUGAGCAAUGCCACCAUUGUUGACCCAGGUCUAUAGACUGCGUACUUGGGCCACAUGAAGUGGAAAGUAACCGCGACCAAGGCCGUUGCUGCGUAUGUCUGGUUGACGGCGCCGAAGGAUGUCAUUGGGUUCUUUGACGACAACAGCGUGUUCUUGGGCAAAGGAGAGGAGCGCAUCUUUUCUUUCACCGUGCAAAAGGGCCCAAAGAGUGACGAGUGGGCGAGGUAUGUGUCUGUCAGAUCUAUAUGGGACAACAUUGGUUGAUCAACUGCAUGACCAGUGGCCAGAACAUUAUGGCGAGGAGAAGGAC